AUGGGACCUCUUUAUGCAACGCAAACUAAAUUUUAUUUUAACAUAGUGUUUUAUUCACGUGAGAGUGAUUCUUAUAGUCCGUUUUUUAAGGGGGUCCUUUCAGGAAGUAGCGAUUCUUUAACUGAACCUGUUCUCAGUUUGGCUGAAAAACAAAUGUUAGUACGCCAAGGCAGGGAGCUUCCUUAUGAGGAGAAAGGGCUUAUCACGGAAAGAGUGCCACUCUCUACCCUAGUAGCACAACAAAAAACGACCUUAUUAAGAGGAGUGAUGGCUAACCUCUAUGGGCUUGAAAACCCAGUGGUUAGUAAAGAACUAUGGAAACAGGUGCACAGACUACAAAGUCAUCAGUCGGACUUGUAUGAUCUUGGAAGGGGUGUAGAAAAUACAUUAUUACCCGACCUUGAUGAAAGAACCACCCGGCUGAAAGGCAUAGUCAAUGAAAGCCGAAAGGUGUGUUAG